CUUAAAGGGGAAGUGAGCAGGGCUACGGGGCGGGUGCGGGGUGCGGUGGUCCGCGGGGGAGGUCCCCCGCGCUUUAAAAUAAUGCCCGCGGCGCCCGCGCGACCAUGCAAUGGCGAGCGCUCGUCCUGGGGCUGGUACUCCUCCGGCUCGGCCUCCAUGGGGUGCUGUGGCUCGUCUUCGGGCUGGGGCCCAGCAUGGGCUUCUACCAGCGUUUUCCGCUCAGCUUCGGCUUCCAGCGCCUGAGGGCCCCCGACGGCCCCGAGUCUCCUGCCUUGGGGCCCGCGGGCCGGCCCGGGACGCCCGGGAGCCCGUCGGGGCCGUCGUGGCUGCAGCCGCCGGUCUCCGGGGCGGCAGCAGGGCGGCGGCGGGCCCCGCGGCCGCCCGGGCCGGGCAUGUGCGGCCCGGACCACUGGGGCUACGUGCUGGGUGGCCGGGGCCGCGGCCCGGACGAGUACGAGAAGCGCUACAGCGGCGCCUUCCCGCCGCAGCUGCGCGCCCAGAUGCGCGACCUGGCGCGGGGCAUGUUCGUCUUCGGCUACGACAACUACAUGGCGCACGCCUUUCCCCAGGACGAGCUCAACCCCAUCCACUGCCGCGGCCGAGGGCCUGACCGCGGGGACCCUUCAAAUCUGAACAUCAAUGAUGUCCUAGGGAAUUAUUCAUUGACUCUUGUUGAUGCAUUGGAUACACUUGCAAUAAUGGGAAAUUCAUCUGAGUUCCAGAAAGCAGUCAAGUUAGUGAUCAACACAGUCUCAUUUGACAAAGACUCCACCGUCCAAGUCUUCGAGGCCACAAUAAGGGUCCUAGGAAGCCUCCUUUCUGCCCACAGAAUAAUAACUGACUCCAAGCAGCCCUUUGGUGACAUGACAAUAAAGGAUUAUGAUAAUGAAUUGUUGCACAUGGCUCAUGACCUGGCUGUGCGGCUCCUCCCUGCUUUUGAAAACACCAAGACAGGAAUCCCCUAUCCUCGGGUGAAUCUAAAGACUGGUGUCCCUCCUGACAGCAAUAAUGAGACCUGUACGGCAGGAGCUGGCUCCCUCCUGGUGGAAUUUGGGAUUCUGAGCCGACUCCUGGGGGAUUCUACAUUCGAGUGGGUGGCCCGACGUGCUGUGAAAGCCCUUUGGAACCUGCGGAGCAAUGAUACGGGGUUAUUAGGCAACGUGGUGAACAUUCAGACGGGCCACUGGGUUGGAAAGCAGAGCGGCUUAGGCGCCGGACUGGACUCCUUCUACGAAUACCUCUUGAAGUCUUACAUUCUCUUUGGAGAAAAAGAAGACCUAGAAAUGUUUAAUGCUGCAUAUCAGAGUAUUCAGAACUACUUACGAAGAGGUCGGGAAGCCUGUAACGAAGGAGAAGGAGACCCCCCGCUCUACGUCAACGUGAACAUGUUCAGCGGGCAGCUCAUGAACACUUGGAUCGACUCGCUGCAGGCCUUCUUCCCUGGACUGCAGGUUCUGAUAGGAGACGUGGAAGAUGCCAUCUGCCUCCAUGCCUUUUACUAUGCCAUAUGGAAACGCUACGGGGCCCUCCCUGAGAGGUAUAACUGGCAGCUACAGGCUCCUGACGUGCUCUUCUACCCGCUGAGACCUGAAUUAGUGGAAUCUACGUAUCUCCUAUACCAGGCAACCAAGAAUCCCUUCUACCUCCAUGUAGGAAUGGAUAUUCUGCAGAGUCUGGAAAAGUACACAAAAGUCAAGUGUGGGUAUGCUACGUUGCAUCACGUCAUAGACAAAUCCAAAGAGGACCGGAUGGAGAGCUUCUUCCUCAGUGAGACCUGUAAAUACUUGUAUCUGCUAUUUGAUGAGGAGAAUCCAGUCCACAAAUCUGGGACCAAAUACAUGUUUACAACUGAGGGACACAUUGUAUCUGUGGACAAACACCUUCGGGAGUCCCCCUGGAAGGAAUUCUUUUCUGAAGAGGGAGGGGAGGACCAAGAUGGGAAGUCUGUGCACAGGCCUAAAUCUCCUGAGUUAAAGGUCAUCAACUCCAGCUCCAAUUGCAAUCGUGUUCCUGACGAGAGGAGAUACUCCCUGCCCUUAAAGAGUAUCUACAUGCGACAGAUUGACCAGAUGGUUGGCUUGAUUUGAUCUGCUGUCCUCCUUGCGGCCGAGUCGGAAACCGGAUGUAAACAGCUGGAGCCUCACCGGGCCCAGAUCCGUUCCGAAGUGGACGAGGAUGGAAGUCUGGCCGUCCGUGGUGGUGUCGGCAUUUCCUUCCGGCUCCGCACACACGUCUAGCAGAAUCGUGCAUACGUUAGUGUUCCUCUUCUGUUCAAUAAAAUGCCCUGUUUUUCGUAAGGAUGUAAUCUGAAGGAAGAAGGUACAUAGAAGUUGGCUUCCUACGACAUGCUGAUGUUAUAAGCACAGUGCGGAUGGGCAUCUCUGGAUGGAUCUUCCUAGCCUCACACUUUGGAAAACCCAACAAGUGUGUUCCCGUGUCUGGCACUUGUCGUGACUGCACAGUAUUGCUACCUCUCUGUUAGAGGACUGUGAACGAAAUUUCCAUGCAAAGGGCCUGAGGAUCAUCCCUAUUUAUUGCAUUUUGUUAUCCUUUCUCUCUCUCACUAGAUAAUUGGCUCUCCAUCCACCCAUGAUUUGGGAUCACAAGGGGGAAAAUCCUUCAGUUAUUCAUUUGCAUACCAAGUAAUGUUCAGUGUUAAUGAGUUAAUUGCUUAUGAAUAACUUUUAUCUGAAUUUCUAAAGGCAGUCUCUUAAGUUGUCCCAAGGCCAGAUCUUUUGGAGGGUAUAUUACAUUUACCUUGAACUUAACCUGAGGAACUCCCAUAGUUCCAGAACCAGGUGCCUUUUAGGGAGAGAGAAAUACCCAAGAAUGUCUGCGCUUCCAUCCGUCUCAUAUUUACUAACCAAGGAUUCUCAGUUCUGACCGUGUUUGGGUUAGAAUUGUGUGUUUUGUUUUUGUUUUCUGUGUCGAGUGCCAAUUAGCUAAGUCAGGGAGAACGAAAUGAUCAGAUGACUCUCUGGCACCCUUGAGCCGUUUCUCUGUGUAACACAGGCUUUAGAUUAGUGCCUUAUUCGAUUUUGGUUGGGGCCACCGUUUGUCACGGCUGCUGGCAUGCUUGGAGCAGGCUCAUUUUGUAUCGCCAUGCGGUGGGACCACAGUGAACGGGGGAUGGGAUGAGUAUUAGUAAGACUGGAACAUUCUUGACCGGUCCUUGCCUUUCAGCCUGAUAUUUUUAAGCAAACCUCCAUUAGGAGGAAGUUGUGCUCAGAGGCCUUCUUUGUUGUUAUUUUCUUAGCCAGAGCAGAAGUUUCUGUCUUUGAAGUCAGACUGAAUAGUCAUACAAAGCAGAGGUGGAUUUGAACUCUCAGCCUGGCUUCCGUGUAACAUCUGAGGUUAAAAUGAGUCCCAGUAGAAAGGCUGGGAAGUCUCUGAAACACCCCCAGCCUCACCUGUCAUGUCGCUCACCUGUCUCUGCUUGUACCCUUCAAACCGUUUCGUCUUCAUCAUUUUAAAAACUAGAAGUAAGUGUGUCUAAGCCAUUGCAUAUCAAAGGGAAAGAUUUUAUUUAUUCCUUCUUGAAAAUUUAAGUGUUACUGGGUUUUGUUUUGUUUUUUAAAUAGAUAAAGACUUCAGUUCCUGGAGAUUUUCUAAAAAAGGAUUUUCGGUAAUAAACGUGUCACCCCCAUCUUUUAAAUA